CAGCGCGCCUAUGACCGUCCGUCCAUGUGACACUAGCUGCUGCGCCUCCUGUGCGUGUUGCGUGCGAGUUGCGGGACCAAUCGUGCGAUUGGAUUGAUCCUGUGGUGUCAAGGAGUCGUGCGGGUUUUCAGGGGCGAAUUUUGUAUGCCGUUCGCGACCGCGGCCCGUGCCCGAGAUACUUGCAUGUCAGCCCGCGUCAGCGUCGAGCGCGUGAUCUAACUAUGAUCAAGCUAUUCUCGUUGAAACAAGCAAAAAAAGAUGGCGAGUCACCCAAGGCUGGCACCCAGAAGAAGGCGUCCGCGGCACAGCUGAGAAUCACAAAAGACAUAAACGAACUGAAUCUCCCGAAAACAUGUGGCACGGAAUUCCCGGAUCCCGACGAUUUGCUAAGCUUUAAAUUAAUCAUCUGUCCAGAUGAAGGAUUUUACAAAGGUGGUAGGUUCGUAUUUAGUUUCAAAGUCGGGCCCAACUACCCGCACGAGCCACCUAAGGUAAAGUGCGAGACUCAGGUUUAUCAUCCUAAUAUCGAUUUGGAUGGUAAUGUGUGCCUCAAUAUUUUGAGAGAGGACUGGAAGCCUGUGCUCACGAUUAACUCCAUUGUCUAUGGUCUCCAGUAUCUCUUCUUAGAACCAAAUCCUGAGGAUCCAUUAAAUAAGGAUGCGGCUGAAGUUUUACAGAACAACAGAAGGGCUUUUGAACAGAACGUAGCAAAAGCGAUGCGGGGUGGUUACGUAGGAUCCUAUUAUUUUGAACGGUGUCUCAAGUGAUACAGUGCCUCGCCGUCAAUACUGUACACGCUUCUCCAAGGACUCACUGUAGGUGAAGAGAUCCUGAACUACGGAAUGAAUGCAGGACCGCACGGUGUCCUCAUUAUCACCUGCGUGAUAACAUUAACAUAUUUACUUUCUUUGUGUCUUGCCAGGCCUAUAUAUAUUUAAUUUGGAGAAAGUACUUUUUGUUGCGGCAUACCCAGGAACGAAUUGAAUGCCAUCGUUCAUUGUUUUUCCGAUGAUUACCAAUAAAUGUUUAUCGGCCAUGGCAUUAUUUUAGUGAAUUUGAAGUGCAGUGUUGAAGGGAAUUGUAGAAUUAUAGUUUGACAUUCGGCAGAUAAUAGAUGUUACGACGUGAGAUAUCCGAUUACCUUGCGUACAAACAAUUCCGGACUCAAAAUUGGAAAGUUUCCGGAAUUUUUAAAAUUUGUUUUUAUAGAUUAUAUACUUUAAUUUAUGAAGUAUUUAUUUUCUAGGGGGGGGGUGGGGGGAGGACUGGGAGCAUCCUAUUUUCAUAAUGUCACCGUAGCAUCUAUCAAAAUCUGCUUUUCAUUCAAUUAAUGUAACAAGUAACUUAUGUAUUGACUGAGAAUGGAAUAUAAGGCUGUUACAAAACUGCUAACUGUUUCGUUUGGAUUUUCGCAAACAGCAUAUUUUUACACCCGACAAAACGGAGAUCUCUUUCUGAUAAACGUAAAAAUAAUCUACGUCUUAUUUUUUAAUAAAACAAGUUUGAAUUUAUUUCACACUAAGUGAGGAUAUUGGUAUACUUUAUGUACAAACCUUACAGCGAUUAACUAACAAUCAUGAGAUUACAAUCGUGGAGAUUUGUUAUGCUACAAAAUUUAAUUUAUUAUUAUAUUUCAUAAUUAUACUAGAAAUGUUGGAAAGUAUAUUUUGAACGUCACGCUUGUACAGAGUCUAUACAAAAUAAUUGAGCAUAUCUCAAUGUAGUUUAGAAAAAUUGAUACAUGCAAGAAUCACAGAAAUACUUGUAUAACAAAGUGUGUUGAAAUGUGCCACCCAUACUUCUUUCUGCUAUUUGCUCUUGUAUUGAUGUAUAAAUUGGAAUAUUUAGAUACCGUCAUAUAUAUUUCUCCACAAUCCGUAUGUAUUUUGGAAUUCAUAAUAAAUAUGUAUAAUCACUGAUAAAAAUAAAAAAAAGAUAAUUAAAUAAUCUGUAUUUACACAAAUAUUUAUGGAAAAUAAUUUUAAUUAUAACUACAAAUUAUGUCACAAUAAAAUUAAUGUUAAUAUAUUUCUGGAUGUUUUUAUUUCAUUCAAAAAAUAAUCUAUGAUUGUGAAUUCCAAUUACUAUACGAUUGCAUAUAUUUUGUUGUUUACUAAAUAUAUCUAAUUAGACAGAUGUAAGAAAGAGCUAAAUGCUAAUCCACAAACAUAUUGUAAACUUCAGAAAUAAAGGAUCUUGGAUAAAUAAAUAAA